AUGGCUGCUCUUCCCCGCCUGAGUCUGAUGCUGCUUCUCUGGAGCCCGGGGCCGUGGGUCCGGGGCCAAGAGUUCCAGUUUGGGCCCUGCCAGGUAGACGGCAUAGUUCUCCAGAAACUGUGGCAGGCCUUCUGGGCCAUGAAGGACAUCGUGCAAGCGCAGGAUAACAUCACGAGUGUCCGGCUGCUGCGGAAAGAGGUUCUGCAGAACGUCUCGGAGACUGAGAGCUGCCACCUCCUCCACGCCCUGCUGAGGUUCUACGUGAACACCGUCUUCAAAAACUACCAUGACAAGGCUGUUGAAUUCGGGAUCCUGAAGUCAUUCUCUACUCUGGCCAACAACUUCUUUGUCAUCGUGUCAAAACUGCAUGCCAGUCAUGAAAAGAUGUUUUCUACCCGUGAGAGUGCACGCAGGCGAUUUUUGCUGUUCUACCGAGCAUUUAAACAGUUGGACAGAGAAGCAGCUGUGACCAAAGCCUUUGGAGAAAUGGACAUUCUCUUGAGCUGGAUGGAGAAAUUCAACCAGCUCUGA